AUGGAUGUCGAUUUCGACAGCUCAUGGCUAGAGAAAGCCACCUUGGCUGCUCCUGCAGAUCUAAGACCACUAUAUGAACGAUUCAAACAAUUACACGAAAAGAAACUCUGGUUUCAAUUGACACAAGCUGUGGAACAAUAUAUGGCACAUCCCUCAUCAUCAACGCCUACAUUACGAUUGGAUCUAUAUCAAAAGUUCAUCAGCACAUUCGCCACUAGAAUCAAUCGUUUGCGUUUGGUAGCAUUGGCAGUGAUUGCAUCGAAACAGUUCACUGAACCCUCUUCAGCUUUGACUUUCUUGGAUAACCUUGCCACUAGCAUCGACACAGAUGAGUCGCAAGAAGCAUUUGUGUUUGCUACUAUGGAAGCAGCUCAUUUCAAAUUGAUCCUUGGGGACGUUGAUGGAACAAAGGAGGCAAUGGAUAAAUGUGCCAAGAUUCUCGAUUCUUUCAACACAGUCGAGCGUGGCGUCCAUGCAAGUUUUUACAGAGUGUCUGGAGAUUACCAUAAAACAAAGGCAGAGUAUGCUUCAUACUACAAGAACUCUCUCCUGUAUCUAGCAUGCGUUGAUCUUGACGUUGAUUUGACUGAAGAGGAUCGUAUUCAGAGAGCGAGAGAUUUGGCGCUUUCCGCAUUGUUGGGCGAUACGAUUUACAACUUUGGAGAGUUGCUAUUACAUCCAAUUUUGACAUCUCUACAAUCGUCUCCAUACGCAUGGCUUUCAACGAUGCUGUUCUCCUUCAACUCAGGAGAUAUUGGCAAGUUUGAAAGUCUAUUGCCGCAUCUACAAUCUGAGCCGAUCCUCGCUGAAAAUCAAGCCUUCCUACGUCAAAAGAUUUGUUUGAUGGCAUUGAUUGAAAGUGUGUUUAGAAGGGCAAGUACAGACCGAACACUUUCAUUCGAGACAAUCGCUGUUGAGACAAGAUUACCGAUUGAUGAAGUGGAACAUUUGGUGAUGAAAGCACUCAGUCUCAAAUUAAUUAAAGGAUCACUAGAUCAACAUGCACAAUUGGCAAAGAUUACAUGGGUACAACCUCGUGUUUUGGAUAAGCCACAAUUGAACGCAUUACAACAAAGAUUGAAUGCUUGGGUUGGAAGAGUAGAAGAAGUUGCACAAUUCGUUAAAGGUCAAACGCCUGAAUUGUUUAUCACUGCAUAG